AUGGAGGAAGGCCGCGAGGGGAGCGAGAAGCAGGUGGAGGCGGCGAAGAAGCUGGCGAGGAGCGGCAGCAAGAACGCCGGGGCGAGGAGCCGGCCGACGCCCGUGCGCGGGCGCGGGCACGGCAGGAGGUGGUCUUCGUCGACGGACCUGGACUACAUCGAGACGGCGCCAGCGGUGAUGCCCACGCCCACGGCGGGCGGUGCCGCCGCCGGAGCCGUGGUGCUCGGCAGGAGCUACUCCACCACCGCCGCGAUUGCGGUCGCCGUCGACGGCGGCAUGAAGCAGCAGGAGCGGCAGCAGGCAGCGCCGGAGGGCGAGGGGGAGGGGGAGCAGUGUCCGAGGAGGCGCUGUGGCGCCGGCGCGCGCCUGUCCCGGAAGAUCAAGGAGCACCGGGCGCGGUUCUACAUCAUCCGCCGCUGCGUCGCCAUGCUCGUCUGCUGGCGCGACGCCGACGACUAG